AAUACCUGGCCAAUGUCUUGACUGUUCACUCUAUGCUUAAAUAAUAGCCUGGAGAGGUUACUACUCACCUUAAGGAACUGUUUGACUCUUUUAACAGGCUUUCUGAACCACUGCCGCGUCGUUUUUGGAUACCGUCGCCCUCUUCUACAGGAGAGACUGUACCUGUGUGAUUACCUGAGCCAGUGGGAUUUUUGCGGUUAGACUGGGCCUUUGUCAACGAAACAUGACACGUGCGUUGGUGUACGUUGGUGUGCUAAUAGCCAUAAUGGCUGUGACGGAAGCAAGACCUAAAUCAGCUGAACCAAAGUGUAAAUCCGGCCCGGUUGACCUUGUGUUCAUCAUCGACGGCUCGCGCAGCGUUCGUGCCCAUGAGUUUGAGACAAUGCGCAAGUUCAUGAUAGACAUCAUCCAUGAGCUGGACAUUGGCCUGGAAGCUACAAGAGUUGGUGUGGUCCAGUACUCCAGUCAAGUCCAGAACGUGUUCUCCCUAAAAGCCUUCAGCAAGUCUGCUCAGAUGGUCAAAGCCAUCAACGAGAUCAUUCCAUUGGCACAGGGAACCAUGACCGGCCUGGCCAUCCGCUAUGCUAUGAACGUAGCCUUCUCUGCUGAAGAAGGUGCCCGUCCCAACGUCCCCCACGUAGCGGUUAUCGUGACAGAUGGCCGUCCUCAGGACCGUGUGGCUGAAGUGGCCGCUGCUGCGAGGGACUCUGGGAUUGAGAUCUAUGCCGUUGGUGUUGCCAGGGCUGAUAUGACCUCACUGCGAGCUAUGGCAUCUCCACCGUUUGAGGAUCACGUGUUCCUGGUGGAGAGAUUUGACCUCAUUCACCAGUUCGGUCUUCAGUUCCAAGACAAGCUUUGUGGGAUGGACUUGUGUCUGGAGUCUGAUCAUGGCUGUGAGCACAUCUGUGAGAGCUCGCCUGGCUCCUACCACUGUCUGUGUCUGCCUGGAUACACACUCAACGAGGACGGCAAGACCUGCACACCCAUUGAUCUAUGUGCUGAAGGGAAACAUGAUUGUGACCAGAUCUGUAUCGCUUCACCCGGGUCAUUCUCAUGUGACUGUAACACUGGAUACAUGCUCAACGACGACAAGAGAACCUGCACAAUGAUUGAUUACUGCUCAUUUGGGAAUGAUAGCUGCGAGCAUCAGUGUGUGAGUGUGUUCAAUGGCUUUAAUUGUCGCUGUAACGAAGGAUACUCAUUCAACGAUGACCUGAAAACCUGCACAAUGAUCGACUACUGUUCAUUUGGGAAUGAUAGCUGUGAGCACGAGUGUGUGAGUGUGCUUCAGAGCUUUUAUUGCCGCUGCCAUGAAGGAUACACACUCAAUGAGGAUGAAACAACGUGCACAAUGAUCGACUACUGCUCAUUUGGGAAUGAUAGCUGCGAGCACGAGUGUGUGAGUGUGCUCAAUGGCUUUAACUGCCGUUGUAAUGAUGGAUACUCACUCAACGCUGACAUGAAGACCUGUUUAAUGAUUGAUUACUGCUCAUUUGGGAACGAUAGCUGCGAGCACGAGUGUGUGAGUGUCCUGAAAGGCUUUCACUGCCGCUGUAAUGAUGGAUACACACUCAACGAUGACAAGAAGACCUGCACAAUGAUUGAUUACUGCACAUUUGGGAAUGAUAGCUGCGAGCACCAGUGUGUGAGUGUCCUGAAAGGCUUUCACUGCAUUUGUAACGAUGGAUACUCACUCAACGAUGACAAGAAGACCUGUACAAUGAUUGACUACUGCUCAUUUGGGAAUGAUAGCUGCGAGCACGAGUGUGUGAGUGUCCUGAAAGGCUUUCACUGCCGUUGUAAAGAUGGAUACACUCUCAAUGAUGACAAGAAGACCUGCACAAUGAUCGAUUACUGUUCAUUUGGGAAUCACAGUUGUGAUCAUCACUGUGUUAGUGUGCUCAAUGGCUUCUACUGUCACUGCAACGAGGGAUACACUCUUCAGGAGGACGGAAAGACCUGCCAGUCGGAUAACUUGUGUAACACAGUUGAACAUGGUUGUGAACACCAGUGUGUGAGCACUCCGGGAUCAUACCACUGCAUAUGUCCUGAGGGCCAUGUGCUACAGGACGACGGCAAGAGCUGUGGAACCUGUCGAUCCUCCAACAUUGACCUGGUCCUCCUCAUCGAUGGUUCCAAGAGUGUGCGGCCGCAGAACUUCGAGCUUGUCAAGCAGUUUGUUAACCAGGUGGUGGAUCAGCUGGAUGUCUCCCCUAAAGGAACACGCGUGGGUCUCGUCCAGUACUCAAGCAGAGUGCGGACAGAGUUUCCGCUCAGCAUGUAUCAGACAAAAGAAGAGAUCAAAAAGGCUGUGAUGAAUGUGGACUACAUGGAGAAGGGGACCAUGACAGGCUUGGCUCUCAAACACAUGGUGGAGAACAGCUUCUCUGAGGCUGACGGAGCCCGUCCUGCUGAGAAGAACAUCCCACGGGUCGGCCUGGUCUUCACUGACGGGCGAUCGCAGGAUGAUAUUCAGGAGUGGGCCAAGAAGGCCAAGGAAGCUGGUAUCACCAUGUAUGCUGUUGGUGUGGGUAAAGCCGUGGAGGAUGAGCUGAGAGAGAUUGCCUCUGAGCCCAUGGAAAAACACUUCUUCUACACCGCCGACUUCACUGCCAUCAGCCAGAUCGCUGAGAACCUCAAACUCAAUGUCUGUGCAGCUGAGAGUCAAGGAGAGAUCGAGGUUAAAGACCCUUGCGCUUGUGAAAGCCUAGUGGAGUUCCAGCAGGUUACGAUGUCCACCCUAGACCAGCUCAACCAGAAACUGUCAGCUAUGACCAAGCGAUUGGAAGUUCUAGAGAGCCAGCUGCUCACAAGAAAAUGAGAGAGCGCUUCACACAACAGUCCAGAUGAGGACGGGGCCCGCUGGGUGUGAAGGGCCCCACAGUCACAAGAUCUACAGGUGUAGACGCCUGAGGCAUGAGGCCCACUAUUUCCGGUGCCAUUUUUGAACAUGGCUGAUAUUGUUCCCUAUUUAUACAUGAUUUGUAUUGUAUGAUUUAUAGAGAGGUAUGUAUUUAUGGCAAAUGUGAUAUUAGCAUUUAUACACUUAAAAGGGAAAUGAAGUGUUUGGUA